UAUAUCCAAAGAGUUUCUUUUCUUAGUUCACCAGAAUAAAGAAAUAGUAGUGUCUUCUCUCUCUCUCCUCUUUAAAACUUAUCAACCAUUUGGAAAAUGAGUUUAAUUGUGAAGUUUUUGGGGGUUCUGUUGCUGUAUGGACUGUUCUCCUGUCCUGUUUCAUCCACCAAAACUCAUAACUACGAGUUUGUUAUAAAAGAAGCUAAUUAUACUCGGCUUUGUGACACAAAGAGCAUUCUGACUGUGAAUGGACAGUUCCCUGGGCCAACAAUUUAUGCUCGAAAGGGUGACACCAUCAUUGUGAAGGUUAUUAACCAUGCAGGGUACAACAUCACCAUCCACUGGCAUGGCGUCGAUCAGCCAAGGAACCCUUGGUCGGAUGGGCCGGAAUACAUCACACAGUGCCCUAUCCUGCCUGGCAAUGAGUUCAGCUAUGAGAUCAUUCUCUCAGAAGAGGAAGGCACCAUGUGGUGGCAUGCACACAGUGACUGGGACAGGGCUACUGUCCAUGGUGCCAUCUACGUCUACCCAAAGCUUGGUUCAUCCUUUCCCUUUGCCAAACCCUACAAGGAGAUUCCCAUCAUACUGGGCGAGUGGUGGAAGGCAGAUGUGAAUCAAGUCUUGGCUCAGGCCCUGCUCACUGGCGGUGCUCCAAAUAUCUCUGACGCCUAUACCAUCAACGGUCAGCCAGGAGAUCUAUACCAGUGUUCCAAACAAGGGACUUUCACUGCACAAGUUGAGCAUGGAAAGACCUACCUUCUCCGAGUGAUCAACGCGGCCAUCAACAACGAACACUUCUUUAGCAUUGCAGGACACAGACUCACAGUGGUUGGCACUGACGCAAGUUAUACCAAACCAUUUGUUACAGAUUUCAUCAUGAUCACCCCCGGCCAAACAAUGGAUUUGAUGCUUGUCGCUGAUGCACCAAUUAACACAUCAUCAUCAUCCAACAACCGCUUUUACAUGGCAGCUAGGCCUUAUGCUAGCGCGGUAGGAGUGACCCAUGAUAACACCACCACUACCGCCAUAUUAGAGUACAUCACUCCUGGAACAAACAAGACAGUGGUAGACUCAUCUCCAGUCUUCCCAUCUCUUCCAGCUGAGAAUGAUACUGAUGCCGCCACGGCUUUCGUCGCUGAGCUUCGGAGUCUGGCAACCAAAGAGCACCCGGUUGAUGUCCCCCAGACCAUCAAUGAACGGGUGAUCAUAACCGUAGCUGUGAACGUACGUCCAUGUGAAGAGAACAAUACAUGUCUUGGCCCUUUCAACAAUAGGUUCGCAGCUAGUCUAAACAACAUAAGCUUUGAAUUCCCAACGAUAGACAUACUAGAUGCUUACUACCAUCAAAUUUCCGGGGUUUAUGAAGAAGGCUUUCCUCCAGAACCCCCACUGAUUUACAAUUUCACUGGUGAUAACUUGCCAAGAUACUUAUUGACACCUAGAAGGGCGACAGAGGUGAGGAUGGUUGAGUAUAACACGACCAUAGAAGUGGUGUUUCAAGGAACUAACCUACUGGCUGGAGAGAACCACCCUAUGCAUUUACAUGGCCAAAGAUUCUAUGUGGUUGGAAGGGGCUUUGGUAACUUUGAUGAGGAUAAGGAUCCACAAGGGUACAAUCUUGUGGACCCCCCUUUGGAAAAUACUGUUGGUGUUCCAACUAAAGGGUGGGCUGCAGUAAGGUUCAAAGCCAAGAAUCCAGGUGUUUGGUUCAUGCAUUGUCAUUUUGAUCGCCAUCUUAGUUGGGGGAUGGACACUGUGUUCAUUGUGAAGAAUGGUGCUACACCUGAUUCUAAGAUCUUGCCGCCUCCUCUGGACAUGCCCAAGUGUUAAGAGAAACAUCUUCUUUGAGAAAAUCAUAUUGAGAACAAACAAAAUUUGGUUAUGUUAUUAAAACAAAUAAAUAUAUAGAUCUUCAGAAUUCAUCUAUUUGAUAAGUGUAUCUUGAAAAAAUAAUUAUAGCUAAAAAUUGAA